UUUUAACACAUUUAACACAAUUUUUUUUUAUAUAUAAAUUUGCAAACGUCAACACAAGUUGUAGACAUAAAAUUUUAAACAAAAAAAAAAGUUUAAACAAAAUUGCUUAUAACUUGUGAAACUCUUUUUGUUUUGUAACAAAAAAAAGUGGUUGGAAAAAAGUAUUGAAAACCCCACCUUUACCGCAAAAAAAACCAAGCAAAAAGAAUUUAACCAGUUUGAUAUUAUCCAAAAACAAGUUUUGUUUUUAUAAUAUUUCUUUCUACUUCAAAAAAGGCCUCGUGGUCUACCUUAACGAAUAAUAAAACACAAAAAAUAAUAUAUAUAAAUAUAUGUAUAACCAAUGAAAUAAAUAUAUAUACAUAUAUAUAAAAAUGAAAUAAAUGUAUGUAAUAUAGUAGUUAUAUAUGUACAUACAUACCUACAAUACAAAUAAAUCUUAUAUCUUUUGUACUAAAUUCUGUACUCGUCAUUGUCGUUUUGCUCUGGCUCGGACCCUGUUGCUGAUGAUCUUUUUAGUUUUUGUAUUUUUUUUUUUCGUUCAAACCAGUUAAAAUAAGAAACUGAAACUAAAAUCUAUGAAAAAGAAACAUGUUUCCUCAACAAACAUCUACAACAACACCAAUAAAUACAACAACACCAUAAAAAAAUGCAAAUUUUAAAAAGAAUUUCUUGAUAUUAAGAGAGAAAAAGUGUUAAAAACGAGUAACACAUUCACACAUUCUCUCUUAACUGCUUUUACAUUAAAAACAAAGAGCACUUGUUUUUUUUUAACAAAUUGAGUCUUUAGAGAGAGAAGAGAGAGAGAGUUGGAAAAAAUGCAUGAACUGUUGACAAAAGUACUCUCGAAACGUGAUCUAUCCAGAGCUGGUGAUUUAUUUUCUGUGCCAGACAAUGAUAUUGUCAAUGAUAUCUCAGAAGUGCUCUCCGACAUAAACGCCAUUAUCUCUUUGGCAGACUAUUUAAAAAACAAUAAUGAUCAGUCGGUGGUUGAGAUUUGUGUUACACGAGUUUUAUCCUGCAUACGUGAAACGAAAACAGCGCAACGUUAUUGCAGUGCCCUGAUCGAUUUACUUAAAACCUGUUUACUAUGGAAUCUCCAACCUAGCGGUAGCAGUAAAGAUGAUCCUCCUCAUGCGAAAAUUGCGGCCGAUAUUAUAUCGAGUAUAUUUUUGAAUUACGACAAAAAAGAUGUCAUGAAAUUAGCCCUACCCAUGGCUGUACAAUUUCUGCCCAAAGGCAAUCGUGAACUCUCACGUAAUUUAGCAAGUUAUCUCUCAUUGGCCGCUAUUGAUUAUGCCUAUCUACUAAGUCCACACAUUGAUUCCAUAAUCAAUUCCAUUUUAGCUGGCAAUUAUGGUCUACUACGUGUACUCUCGCAAAUCUAUGAAGUGUCACCUGAUACAGUGUCACCGCAUGCACCCCAGUUAGUAGCACUGCUGCCAGAAUGUGAUUCUCAAGAAAGACUAGCUGUAUUUCAAUUGUAUCUAUUAAUAGCACAACGUACACCCUUAGUUUUAGAAUCAUGCAUCUCACCGUUGUGUGAAUUUCUGUACGAUAGCGAGACAGCGAUAACGACAAUGCAAAUACUAUUGAAAUUGGCGGAGCAGCGACCAUUAUUGGUGGCAGAACAUUUUGAUAAAAUACGUUUGGCCACCAAAACCAAUCCGAAUACGGUGACGUUGGGUGCACAGGUUCUGGCAACGGCGGGACGUACAAAUAAGGAAAAUGCACAAUAUGCAUUGGAUUUUGUUUUAGAACAAUUGCCUCAUGCCGAUAGAACAUCACAGGCUGUGCUAUUGCAAGAGGCUACAAAAUUGUGUUCAUCAUUUCCCAUACUGUUUACGGAUAAAGUGUUGGCUUGUGUUAGACAAAAGAAUGCUUUAAGCCAGCAAAAACUAUCUUCAUCCGAGACUAGUGUUGAUGUUGGUACCAAAACCUGUGGUGGUGUUACCAUAGUCAAUCUGAAUAGUUCCAACGAUCAGACUGCUGCCGCCAACCAACCCAUUGCUGCCAAAGCUUCGGGUGUAGUGGUUAAUACUUUAGCUGCCAAUUCAACAGCUCAACGUUCCACAAUUAUUAGUGCUGAUCCAGCAACUAGCACAACUACCGUUUCUGUAGCAGCCUCUAAUACCCAUACUACCACAGGACGUAGCCAUAAAAACAAACAGAGUCGCAGUAGUCCUAGCAGUCCCAAGGAUCCUUAUAGGAGAACCAUAACCACGGGAAAUAUAAAAAUACCAUCAUCGUCGUCCAACACUACUACAACUCAUCCGAUUAGUAAUCAACCUCCCGCCACAUCAACAACAACGGUACCACCAACACCUCCCCACACCGGAUAUACAAGACGUGUUAAAUUGGGUGAUUCACGCAGUACUGGACGCCUACAUCCUUCGGGUAAUACACAUCGUAGUAUGACACGCCUAAAUGUAGCUGGAGGUUCUGUAGGAGGCUUACACAAAAGUAUGACACGUCUUAGUUCUUCACAACAUAUCAAUCAAAAUGGUUCUGCUUCAGGUUCAGGUUCCAAUACGGCAAACAAUUCAACAUCCAGUAGUAAUGUUGUGGUACAAACCGGUGCCAUGUUAAAAACACCCACAACACCCAAUAGUCCAGGGUAUGUGACACCGGUACCGCCACUAAGCAACAAUGUUAUUAUAACGGGUCACAAUAAAUGGGGUAUACCCUCGACACAGGUAACAUCGGGAGGAGUGACGGUUACAACAUCACCCACUAAACUAAGACCACAAUCACAAGGACCCACUACUUUAUUGAAUACAAGUACAGCUUUAUUGAAAUACAGUACCGAUGCCCUAAAUCAAUCUAUAGGUUCAAUAACAUCACCUUCCAAUCCGGUUUCCGUGCACCAUGCCUCUCCAGCAUUACCACAACAAAAUAAUGGUAAUCAAAAAUCUGUGAUGAAGUUACCAGUGAAUGGAAGUAAUGAUCAUGAAGUUAUAGUUUCCGGACCCACCACCAAUGUUACCCCGCGCCGCAAUGACAAUACCAGUCGCACUCUGUUGAAUGCCAACAACAGCAUAUUAGAUCAACGUAUGAGUACAUUUGAACCCUACCAGAUCAUGCGUGAUCCGGUGCAACAAUUCUGUGAAAAACACUUUACUUCCAUAAGCAGUUACAUGGAUGAGGUAUCGCAAAUGUUGCCACCACCUACACGUUGCAGUAUAGAAGUUUCCAAUGAAUUUGCAGAGAGGCGUUCGAAAAAAGUAGCUAAGCUACAUUUUGCCUGCCAAAUCAGGGGACCCCAUUGUCUGUACUCGAAAACCUGUUUUACCAUGAGAACACGUAAUCCAAAAACCUGGAUACAUUUAAUGUUUCUAGAUUUUCAAGUGAGACAUUAUGUUAAGGAAAAAAGUGUGCUUAGCACUCGCGAACCUGGUAUCAGUAAUUUAAAAAAUAUUUGGCAAAUACUCAAGUGUGAAAAUCGCAGUUUUACUGAAUUAGUCACAAGUCAAUUUCCUAGCAUAAAGGAUCGUGAAAUUCUCGUCAAUGAAUUAAGGCAUUCGGGCUUCCUAGAUGUAUUUGAAGUCUCAAAGACUGAUAAAUCUAAUCCAAAUUGUAAUGAAUUAGAAUACCAAUGGGGUUGUUUUCUCUGCAAUCAUCCCGACAAAGCGGUUGGUUUUCUCAAUGGCAGCAAUCAACCCAUGAUCGAGGGGCAACUCAAAGAGAAAAAAGGCAAAUGGCGUUUGUUUCGAAGAUGGCGCACACGUUAUUUUACUCUAUCGGGAGCACAUUUGUCAUGUAAAGGAUCGAGCGGUGGUGAGAGUAUCGAUGUCAAUCAAAUACGUUCCGUUAAGGUAUCGCGUGGCGCACGCAAUAUACCCAAAGCUUUUGAAAUUUUUACAGCCGAUCAGACUUUAAUACUCAAACCAAAAGAUGGUAAAAACGCCGAAGAAUGGGUACAGUGUCUGAGCAUAGUGGUGGCUCAUUCUCAGGCCCGCGAUAAUCCACAAACAAAAACCAAUAGUUUACCGGCUCGUGGCAUGAGCAGUAGUAAACCUUCAUUUUGAGAUUUUAGAUAUUUAGAGAAUUUAAGAUUUUUUUUGCAAAUAUAAAUACUUUAUAAAAGUUUUUGUAUUUAAUUUAUCAUUUACUUUAAUGUUAAUUUAAUUUAACUUUUUUUUAUACUUUAUAUAAAGAGUUUUGGUUUUGAACUUUAAAGUAGAAAGAAACUUAAACUGAAGAAAUUUUGUACUUAAUAUUGUUUUGUUUUAAUUUAAGUUGUAAUUAAGUUAAUAUUUUCUACUAGAUUUAAUGAUUAUAUUUUUUUGUAAAUUUUUGUAUUUAUUAUAAAAUAAUGAUAUUAUUAUCGUUUAAAAAUACACAUUUUGAAUAAAGACAUUUUUUAUACAAUAUUUUAAAAUUUAA